AUGGCAACCGAGGCAGACCGUCUGGACGAGGAGAUAUGCAAGGAAGCUUCCAGUUUCACGAAAAUCUUCUACGAUGCUAUGGACAGAAAACGUGACAAAAUCAAUUAUCUUUACUGCGAAAGCGGAUCAACGCUGGUUUGGAACGGAAACGCCGUAUCAGGCUGCGAUAAUAUAUUCAAGUUCAUAUCGUCAUUACCGGAAACUGACCAUCAUUUGGUAUCUGUGGAUGUUCAACGAGUGAACGCAGGCCUUCCUGGCUCUCCUGAUCUACUUACUGUGACGACCGCAGGGACAGUCACGCUAGGCGGAACUGUACAUGCUUUCACACAUACAUUCAUUCUGAUGGUUGAAGAUGGAAAGUACAAGACUGUGGAACUUUUAGCAUCAAAAGCUGCCACUUAUGGCUUGCCGCCUGAAGCUGAUGACUUCACAGACAAGGAAGAAGCGGCAUGUGUAACAGGUGAUUCUGUGCUAGCUAGUGCAUUAUGUGCUACUGUUCGAGAAGCUCGAAAUAUGGAGCUACCGCUCGUAGAAAAGCAGGAAGCACCAGAGGUGGUGGCUCUUCGCUCAAACAUGCAACGAUUGCGUCUUCUCAAAGAACGAAUGAACGUUUGCACUAAGACUAUGGCAGAAUUGCGCACAUCAUAUGCUAGCGUAACAGCUCGCACAUCCAGUCUUCAUGAUGCUUGCGAUCGUGCUCUAGCAUAUCAAACAGCGCUGGCUGCGGGAGCUGAGCAGAUCCGAACGAAUUUGCACUUUUUCAAGCAGGCCGAUAUUAUAAUGAAGAAGCUGAAUAACACGACGAAAAUCUCUGUGACCGGUCAAAUGUUCACUGGUAUCCUUGCCACGAUCGACGAAUGUCUAACAUUUCUUCGUCAGCAUCCUGAAUAUAAGGAGUCUGCUGCAUAUAUCGUGAAGUACGAACAGUGUCUCAGCAGAGCUAUGACGUGGAUUCGCGUUGGAGUUAUGGCAGAUAUCGAAGCUUCUGUGAAUGAUGUUAGAGAUCGGCAGUCCCAAUUACAGGUAGAUUACGCUAAAUUGGGUCGAGGAGGAGCUGAUGACGAUACUUUCGCUUUACUUUAUGGUGUGUUUGCUACUCGAGCCAGUUCCGUGAAAGCCGCUUUGUCGGUUGCUGAGCAGAGAUUUGCUCAGGUCCCAGAGUUUCAAGCGAUGUUAGCUGAAUGCCAACAGGCGUAUUUCAAGACGAGGCAGCUACUUUUGACGCCCAUUAUUCAGGCUACUCUAGCUCACAUGUCUACGAAUACAUAUGCUGACUCUUCGUGUGCGCUGACACGAAACAGUUGCUCUUUCAUAUUGGGCCUAUGUGACGACGAAUUUCGGCUUUAUCGGCAGUUCUUCUCGACGGGUCAGGGUUCAGGCAGUCCUUCAUCCCGUUUUAGUCUACGACAUAGCCCUGUUUCUACAACGGGAUCGGUACGCACACAAUUUUCAGAUACGCCACAUCCGUUUGAAGAGUUCAUAGAGUCCAUCUGUCGGUUAUUAUAUGAUAUUUUGCGCCCUAUUGUGAUUCACAACCCCCAUUUAGAGACCUUGGCCGAGUUGUGUAGUAUUCUCAAGGUAGAAAUGAUCGAGGAAAGGUGCUCCAUACUUCCAGCAGUUGUAGCAGAAGAAUGUGUGUCAUUUGAUCCACGAGCGGGCUUUGUGCAUGUUAUAGGUGAACUUGUUGGAGAUGUAGCAGAGAGGAUUGUUUACAGAGCCGCUAUGUAUGGUCAAAGUGAUAUUGCUGGUUACAAACCAGCGGCAGGAGAUUUGGCUUAUCCGGAAAAAUUGGAGAUGAUGAAAAGCAUUGAGCAGGCCAAAAAGAAGGAAGAAGAGGAAAAAGCUGAGAAGCAGGAAGGGGAUGGUGAAGGCAAUGGACGCAAAGGAUCAUCAUCAUCUCGAACAGUUCCCGCUCCAAUAUCAGCCGUAGAUCUACAUUGUCUUUGGUACCCGACAGUUCGCCGAACUGUCAUGUGUCUUGCUAAGUUAUACAGAUGUCUCGAUGUGGCCGUAUUCCAAUCGCUUGCCCGUGACCUAUUGUCAAUGUGCAUCGAAUCUUUGGAGGCGGCAGCUCUACACAUCGCUGCGUCACCCUCCAAAAAGGCUGGUCAUACUAAGAAGUUGGAUGCCGAGUUGUUCUUAGUCAAGCAUUUGCUUAUUUUAAGAGAACAGACUGCUCCCUAUAGGCAGGCAGCGCAUAGAGCUGAUGCAACACUACCUACUCUCGAUUGCUCUAUAGAUUUUGCUCGAAUGAAGAGCUCAUUCUUUGAUGAUAAAAGCCGAUGGUUCGAAUUGAGCUCAAACAACGCCUUUUUGGAAUUGCUGUUUUCGGCUAGUUUGAUUACAAUUUUGUUGGUGCCUAUCCAUGUUUCUGAACAAAGUUGUGAUACACGCCGUGUGAUCGACUCACAGCUACGAACUCGAUGCAAUCAGUUGAUCAGCACUAGUGCGGAAUUCAUCGUUGGGCCGUUGUUGAAAUGGGUGGAUUUCGCAGAAGACGAACUGUUGAAACCUGAUUUCGAUCUCAAGAAACAUCCGGAUCUAGCGCCUUCAAAGCUUAACGAUCUAUCGAAAGUUGCUGUAAAAGCCCUUUCGCAUGCUUGGCCCGAGCUAUGUGCCACGUACUCGUUGUACAUCGGAGUUGCUGAGACUGAGGCAAUUCUUCUAUCGCCUGUACGGAAACGAAUUGCAGACACGUUUGCAAGAGCGCUGGCAUUUGCUACGAGAGCAUACGAUGAGGAAGGAAGGAGUAUUGCGGCAGUACCUACAGUACAACAUGUAUACUUGUUACUAAAUAAGGAAUGA